AUGUUACCACCGGUCGAGGCCUCGGUCCUACAAAACAACCCCGAGUUCGCGGCGCUGCAUCACACCCUCACAACGGCGAUUCUAAACCCGGAUGGUUCGACCAAGAAGCCGGCGACCAAGGAGCACGAUGCGAUACAAAAUGAACUCGCAGACCACAGAUUCACCGCCGCAAAAGAACACCUCCUCAUAAGCGCAAUCGCCACAACCGCACCACCAGAACCCAGAUCCGCACCACCGAGAACAAUCUCACGCACAAACACCUCCUCCUCCUCGCACCAAGCAGGAGGGGCCGGCGGCGGCACACAACCACAACAACCACAACAACAACCACCCCUCCCCGAACCCCUCCUCGACCUCCUCCUCCUCCUCCCACCCCUCCUAACAGCAACAGAGCCCCUCACCCCCGAAUCCGCCACAAUCCUCCUCUCCAACCCCCCCUUCACAGACUUCCAAUCCCUUGUCCCCCACCUCGGCGACCUCGUCUCAACAACCCUCCACACCUCGGCCGUCUCCCUCGCCCGCAUCGCAAACCCGACAACGAACCCUUCCUUUCUCCACCGCGCCGUCCCGGCCCUGCAAACAACCUACCACAAGCUCGAAACCGACGUCCAAGAAUCCAAGCGCGCGCUCGCGCGGGACCGCCUGCGCGCCGCGGACGCUCUCACGACGUGUCUAGACGAGCACGCCGCCGCGCUGACGCUCCUGGUUAGGGCCCUGGAGGCGAAACACGGCGUCGUGGCGCGGAGUCUCGAGUUCCGCGCCGCGGAGACGGGGCUGGCGGCGCAGAGGGCCGAGGCGGAUGCUGUGAGUGCGAGGGAGGGGGUCCGGAGGGAGGUGUAUUCGCCCGAGAUGGUGGCUGCGUUGACGAAUUACUCUGCGCACCUGCGCGAUGCGAGGAUGAGGCUCGAGAGCACGAUUAUCACGCUGCGGGCCGAGUUGGAAGGGUACGGGGUCGGGGUUGAGGGGGAGGAGGGCAAGGCGAGGACGAUGAAGGAGAUGGCGAGGAAGAAGAGGCAGAUGGAGAGGGAGUUGGAGGAUGCGACGAGGGAUCUGGCCAGGUUGGACAGGGCGUGA